UUCCUCUUCCGGAUGACUCAUGGAAGGAAGGUGGAGUGCAGAGAGGCUUUUGUGUUCUUCCCAGGAUCAAAGCAGCAGCUGGAAGACAAAGAGGAAGGCAAUAAGAGCGCUCUGGACAACUGAGGAUAACAAGCAACAUUGAAUAUCAAAGCAAGUCAGUCGAGAAAUCAAAAUAUUUCCAAUUUCCUUCCGAGAGCCACACAAUUCUUCACAUUCCUCAGCAGGUGAAAGAGAAACAAGAGAACAUCAAGGAGUUAUUUCUAGCUGGGAAAAGUAAAGGGUGAAAUUCAAGCAUACGUUAUAUGAAAAGUGAAGGGCAAUAAUUUUUCCAUUCAGGAAAAGAGGGAAGUGAAAAAGUCAAUGGGGAGGUAAAGGUCAAUUGGAAAGCCAUGUAGAGCAGACCGUGUUGCAGGCCUCACUCUGGGAGGAAGAAAAUCACCACUAAAUCAAAGCACUACUAAACAAGGGAUCAUCCACAUUUUUGGCCUUCUCAGUAAUAUGAGUUGUGGAAAAUCUCCAUAUACACACCAGUUGUGGGAAAGAUACAACUUGCAAAUCAUAGUUGAUUAUGCCUGAGAGGAUCUAGACUGGAGAAAAGCCUUAAAUAUACUCUGCGGCAAAACCUUUGAUCAGAACAAAUUCGUUUUGUUUAAUGGAAGGAUCCACACAGGAAAGAAGCUCUACAAGUGCUCCCAAUGGGGUAAAUGCUUUAGCGAGCGUGACAACAUGGACUCAUACCAAGGAGAAACCCUUUGAAUGUUCUGAUUGUGGGAAAUGUUUUAUUCAGAAUUCCAGCCUGGUUCAACAUCAGAGGAUUCACACAGGAGAGACACCCUUUCAAUGUCCUGAUUGUGGUAAAGGUUUCAGUAUCAAUUCCAACCUGGUUCAACACCAGAGGAUUCACACAGGAGAGAAACCCUUUGAAUGUCCUGUUUGUGGGAAAAGUUUCAAUCACAAUUCCAGCCUCGUGAAACACCAGAAGACUCACACAGGAGAGAAACUGUAUGAAUGUCCUGUUUGUGGGGAAAGUUUCAGUCAGAAUUCCCACCUCAUGAAGCACCAGAUGACUCACACAGGAGAAAAGCCCUUUGAAUGUCCUGACUGUGGGAAAAGUUUCAGUCAGAAUUCCAACCUGGUUCAGCACCAGAGGAUUCACACAGGAGAGAAACCGUAUGAAUGUCCUGUUUGUGGAAAAAAUUUCAGUCGGAGUUCCUACCUCAUGAAGCACCAGAGGACUCACACAGGAGAAAAGCCCUUUGAAUGUCCUGACUGUGGGAAAAGUUUCAGUGAGAAUGCGAGCGUUAUUUGCCACCAGAGGAUUCACACAGGAGAGAAACCGUAUGAAUGUCCUGUUUGUGGGAAAAGUUUCAAUCACAAUUCCAGCUUCGUGAAACACCAGAGGAUUCACACAGGAGAGAAACCGUAUGAAUGUCCUGUUUGUGGGGAAAGUUUCAGUCAGAAUUCCAACCUCAUAAAGCACCAGAGGACUCACACAGGAGAAAAGCCCUUUGAAUGUCCUGAUUGUGGUAAAAGUUUCAGUACCAAUUCCAGCCUGGUUCAGCACCAGAGGAUUCACACAGGAGAGAAACCGUAUGAAUGUCCUGUUUGUGGAAAAAGUUUCAGUCAGAAUUCCCACCUCAUGAAGCACCAGAGGACUCACACAUGAGAAAAGCUCUUUGAAUGUCCUGACUGUGGGAAAGGUUUCAAUCACAAUUCCAGCCUCGUGAAACACCAAAGGACUCACACAGGAGAGAAACCGUAUGAAUGUCCUGUUUGUGGGGAAAGUUUCAGUCAGAAUUCCCAC